AUGUGUGGUCGUGCUCUUCAACCCAAGGCGAAACAAACAAAGCCACAUCUUCAACGCCAGCAAGAAGACCAUCACCGCCUUGUCCAUCUCCUCGGAUGGGAAACUUCUGGCCACCGGAGAGACUGGCCACCAGCCGGCGGUCCGCGUGUGGGAUGUGGUGGAGAAGACGCAGCUGGCCGAGUUCCGCGGUCACAAGUUCGGCAUCAACUGUGUGGUGAGUACAAUAUAUGGUCGCUUUUAAGCACAAGGGGGCAAUCCUGAAAAGUGCUGUUUUUGAGAAAAUCGAAAGUAAA